CCCGCGCUAUCACCUGCGCAACGUCCAGAACAUGGCACCUGCUGACAGGGCUGCAGCUGCUGUUGCGGCAGCGCUCUGUUUGCUGUGUCUGCUUCACGGCGCCGCCUCCGCCGAGCACCUCGCCUUCUUCGACGGCGAGCCGACCGAGCGCGGCUGCAACCAGAAGUCCGACUGGGAGGAGUUUCCCCCAGACUGCGAUCCUAAUGUUUUUCAGCUGGAGGAUCCGGAAUGUGAGGACGGCAGUUCGGCCUGCGAGUCGGUCUUCUCUCUGAACGCAGAGAAGAUCCUGAGCCAGGCCAGGCUGUUUGUAGAGCAGCGGCGCUUUCCAUUUCCCGUCGAUGACCCCAACAUCAACGAGGAGCUUGCCAUAGGCUACGUCCUCAUCGGCAACGCUCUCUAUGAUGAAGCCAUCAAACACUUCUCUCUGUUACUGCAGGGAGAUCCAGAGCUGGUCAGCGCCAUGUACGGGAAAGGGAUCGCCUACGGGAAAAAGAGCUUACAGGACAUAAAAAAUGCUGACUUGGCACUUUAUGAGCUAAGCAGAGUGAUCUCACUGGAACCCAACAUGCCAGAGGUGUAUGAACAGAGAGCAGAGAUUCUCUCUCCUCUUGGGCGGAUUAGUGAAGCUCUGAGCGACCUCACUACAGCCAUUCAGCUGCAGCCUUCAGCACGACUUUACCGUCACCGGGGAACCCUGCUCUUUAUUUCAGAGGACUACAUCGCUGCUAUGGAGGACUUCCAGCAGUCUCUGGAGCUGAAGAGAAACCAGCCGAUCGCCAUGCUUUAUAAAGGCCUCACCUUCUUCCACAGGGGCCUGCUUAAGGAGGCGAUCGAGACAUUUAAAGAAGCGCUGAAGUUGAAGUUGGACUUCAUCGAUGCCCACAAAAGCCUGGCUCAGGCAUACAGGGAGUUGGGUGAUUUCGACAGUGCCAUGGAGAGUUUCCAGAAAGCUUUGCUGCUGAACCAGAAUCAUCUCCAGUCUCUGCAGCUCAGAGGGAUGAUGCUGUAUCAUCACGGCAGCCUGCAGGACGCCAUCGGCAACUUCAAGAGAUGCCUGCAGUUGGAGCCGUAUAACGAGGUGUGUCAGUACAUGAAGGGUCUGAGUCACGUGGCUAUGGGACAGUUCUACGAAGGCAUCAAGGCUCAGACGAAAGUAAUGCUAAAUGAUCCCCUGCUGGGCCAAAAAGCAAGCUCUGAAUAUCUAAAAGUCAAAUACCUCAGAGAAUACUCUCGUUAUUUGCACUCUCACCUGGACAUCCCUGUAGCAGAAUACAACGUGGACCAGGAUCUUCCAGGGAACUUUAAAAACCACUGGGCUAAAAACCUGCCCUUCCUUAUAGAGGACUACGAAGAGCAGCCUGGACUUCAACCACACAUCAAGGAUGUUCUACCUCAGGAUUUUGACAGUUACUCGGCAGAGGUGCAGAAGCUGAUCUGUACGGCGGAUCAUCUCGGCACGCUCAUGCAGUACAACACGUCAGGGUUCUUGUCCAACCAGCGCAUCCACAGAGCCAUGGGUCUGGCGGCCAUCGAGGUGAUGCAGGCGAUGCAGCGGACGUGGAGUAACUCGAAAGUGCGUGUCAACGGCAAAACCAGGCAGCUGCAGUGGAGAGACAUGUUCGACAUCGCCGUGAAAUGGAGGAGGAUUGCAGAACCAGAUCAGCCCGUUCUGUGGUUGGAUCAGAUGCCAGAACGGAGCCUGAGCAGAGGAUUUAAUAAUCACAUCAACCUGAUCAGGGGUCAAAUCAUCAACAUCAGAUACAUGGAGUACUUUGGCAGCAUCCUCGACUUUAUCAAAGACAGAAUACUGGUGUAUCACGGUGCGUAUAACCCACGAGGAGUGCAGGAAGUGAAACAGGCCCUGGAGAACGUCAGCAAAGUGGAGGACCUGCUGCCUAUCAUGAAGCAGUUCAACAGUAAAACGAGAGACGGCUUCACGGUGAACUCGAAGGUGCCGAGUACGAAGGAUCCCGGGAUCGAAUACGACGGCUUCACCAUAACCAUCACAGGAGACCGUGUGGGAAACAUGCUGUUCUCAGUGGAGACUCAGACCACAGAGGAGAGGACGCAGCAGUACCAGUCUGAGAUCGAGGCUCUUUAUAAAGACCUGACGACGAAAGGCAAAGCGCUCAUGCUGUCCUCAGAACUGGGGGAUUCAGAUGCGGUGUGUAACCUCGUCCUCUCACUGGUGUAUUAUUUCUGUAACCUCAUGCCCCUGUCCCGAGGCUCCAGCAUCGUGGCCUACUCCGUGGUGAUGGGAGCUAUGAUGGCGAGCGGGAAAGAGGUCGUCGGCAGAAUUCCUGCUGGGAAGAUAUUUCAGCUGGUGGAUUUCGAGGCCAUGACCAAGCCGAGCCCCGAUCGCUUCACCAAAACCGCCAAGAGCUGGAUGAACCUGAAAAGUCUACCCAGCUGGUACCAAAACCUUCCGUCCGUAGCCGAGACGUUCCAGUUUGCCAGAACCAUGAUCGAGGUCCUGAACACCGACUCGUCCUCACACUGUCCCAAACGAUCUUAAAGGACGUCGGUCCUCUCCUCAGUCUUCCAUUAUACAGAUGUUUAUUAAGAUAAUUGGUAUUCCAGCCCCCGAUAAAGCAAAUAAAAAAAAAGUUCUUCUAAAAUACCUCUGAGACAGUCGUUUUACGACUUCAGUCUCACGUCGUACAAGGGCUCAUUACGUCCUCGUUGGUGCUCAGCAUCUACUGCGAACUUAUUUGUUAAGGAAGAACAGAUUUGUUAAAAUACGUUUUAUUCACCUUUAAGUUUUUAACUCCUUUGUUUUUAUUUCGGGGGCUUCGAGGACAAUUUACUGUUUUAGGAAUUCAAGCCGAAUUGAAAUAUCGAGAUGUGAAGCUUCUAAGAGCAGCGUUGGAAACGAAUAAACGUCUUGAGUUUCCACAAA